GAGUGAUGCUCUGCUCCUACCCAGCCUGCUCACUUGGUUGGCACAUGCCUUCCAGUGCUUGCCUGGACAACAUGGACAUAUUGAUGUGGUUGAGACAGUUGAAAAGGGUUCCCUCUCAGUCGUGCCUCCAUGACAGAAUCAAUUUCCAAUUUCCUUGGAAACCAGACAAUAUCACCCAAAUCCACAAGACACAAGCCACCUGUUUCCAUCAUCAGAUGCUGCAGCAGAUCUUCAGCCUCUUCAGCACAGAGGACAGCCAUGCUGCUUGGGGUGGCCUCGUCCUCCCUCAACUACUGGUCUGCCUUCACUACCAGCUGCAUGAACUAGAGUCGGCAAAUGUCCAAAAUCUGACCUGUCCCGACUUGGGGGUUGCUGUCCGGAAGUAUUUCCAAGGAAUCACCAGCUACCUGCAAGAAAAGAAACACCGCCCCUGUGCCUGGGAGGUUGUCAGAAGGGAGAUCGAAGAGCGCCUGUUCCUCAUUGACCGUGAACUCAGAGAGGAGGCAGCAAGUGAAGAAAGUUAG